AUGUUUGGCGCCAUAAAACAGUCCGCGCUCUACCAGGAGCUUAGCCUUCGCCUGCUCUUCAUUGGAUGUUUCGUCUCCCUGGGAGCGAUUGGCUUCGGCUUCGAUAAUUCCUGGUGGGGAGGAGCGCUGGGAUUGACGCCGUUUGCCCAGAAGUAUGGGUCUCAGGAUGCAUCCGGUGAUUGGAGUAUUCCAUCUGAGAAACAGUCUGCCGGUACGGGCACUGGCUCGGCUGGAAUUAUCUUCGGCUGCCUCGCUUCGCCGUGGCUGUGCUCGCAUCUGGGCCGGAAACCCACGCUGCUGGUGAUGGCUGCUCUGCUUUCCAUUGGAAUUGUCCUCGAGGCCUCUGCUGUGACGUCGUUCUGGCAGUUGGUCGUGGGUCGCAUUAUUGUGUACUCGGGCAUUGGCGUGGCAUCUAACGUCGUGCCGAUGUACCAGUCAGAAUGUGCUCCUGCUAAAAUCCGAGGCGCGUUCCUGGCGGCGUACUCAUUCUGGAAUACAUUCGGCGGCUUCCUCGCCACUCUAGUCGUUUUCCUAUGUCAGAACAUGAAAGGGGAAUGGGCGUAUUUGACAGUAAUUCUAUGCCAGCUCCUGGUCCCCAUCGGAAUAAUCAUCUCAUACCCUUUCCUCCCUGAGACACCCCGCUUCCUCGUCUACAAAGGGAACUACGAAGAAGCUGAGAUCGCAGUCAAGGACUUAUACGGACCCAACUACAAUGCGAGCGAGGAGGUCCAGCUCCUCCGACUCCAAGUCGAGGAACAACGCGAGCUCCACCGCGCAACGAGCAUCAUGGACUGUUUCCGCGGGACUAACCGGCGCCGAACUAUCGUCGCUAUGGGCGUGCAGAUCCUGCAACAGGCGCAAGGUGUCUCAUUCAUCAAUAAUUUUAUUGUGACAUUCAUGAAGCAGCUGGGCUUUGCUGACCCGCUACAGUACAAUGUCAUCGUGCUUGCAUGCGGGAUCGUCGCGAAUUUAGUCUCUUUAUUUACGUUCGACAAGCUUGGUAGACGGAGCAGUAUGUUUGUCGGGGCGUUCUUCAUGGCUGCCAUGAUGAUUGGGGUCGGUGGGACUACGGCGAAUGGCUACGAUGUUCUAUCUCCGAUGACGCAGAACGGGUGUGUUGCCAUGCUUGUUCUGUGGUAUGUUUCCUAUGCGUUGUCCUGGGGCCCUGGUGUGUGGAUUCUCGGCGGCGAGGUUGGAACCGGGCAGCUGCGCGAACGGACACUUCUCUUGUCGUCUCUUGGCAGUUUCGUUACCUCGGUGCCUAUCAAUUUCGUCAAUCCGUACGUGCAGGCUGCAAUUGGGGGCCGGACAGCGAUUAUCUAUGGCAGUUUCUCUGUUGCUGCUAUGGUCUUUGUUUAUUUCUUUUUGCCAGAGACCAAGGAUCGGUCGCUUGAGGAACUUGAUGAGAUGUUCCAGCAGAAGGUGGCGACGAGGAAGUUUAAGGAUUACGUUUGUACUGGUCUGGGUGCGCAGAUUAGGCAACUGGAGAAUAAGGAGGAUGAGGCUGGUUUGAAAUGUCGGCAGAUUGAACACGUUGAGGUUGCGUAG